AGCACCCCAGCCUGGUUCCCCGCGCGCAGCCGCGCAGCCGCCCGGGCCUCGCCUCCCGACAUGGAUUUCCUCCUGGCACUGGUGCUCGGGUCCUCGCUCUACCUGCCGGCGGCCGCCGAGUUCGACGGGAGGUGGCCCAGGCAAAUAGUGUCUUCAGUUGGCCUGUGUCGUUAUGGUGGGAGGAUUGACUGCUGCUGGGGCUGGGCCCGCCGGUCCUGGGGACAAUGUCAGCCUGUGUGCCAACCACAGUGCAAACAUGGUGAAUGUAUUGGACCAAACAAGUGCAAGUGUCAUCCUGGAUAUGCUGGGAAAACCUGCAAUCAAGGAGUUGUCUCAUACCUUAGUCUCUGAAUCCGUGGACUGCGAGCCCUGUAAGGACGAACACUUCUACCCAACCCUUCCUGACCAAGGCAGUGAACAGCCUCUUUUCCAACCCCUGGAUCAUCAAGCCACAAGUUUACCUUCAAGGGAUCUAAAUGAGUGUGGCCUGAAGCCGCGGCCGUGUAAGCACAGGUGCAUGAACACUUACGGCAGCUACAAGUGCUACUGUCUCAAUGGAUACAUGCUCAUGCCGGAUGGGUCCUGCUCAAGUGGCCUGACUUGCUCCAUGGCAAACUGUCAGUAUGGCUGUGAUGUUGUCAAAGGACAAAUACGGUGCCAGUGCCCCUCUCCUGGACUGCAGCUGGCUCCUGACGGGAGGACCUGUGUGGAUAUUGAUGAAUGUGCUACUGGAAGAGCUUCCUGCCCUAGGUUUAGGCAGUGUGUCAACACUUUUGGAAGUUACAUUUGCAAGUGUCAUAAAGGCUUCGACCUCAUGUAUAUUGGAGGCAAAUACCAAUGUCACGAUAUAGAUGAAUGCUCCCUCGGUCAGUAUCAGUGCAGCAGCUUUGCUCGCUGUUUCAACGUGCACGGGUCCUACAAGUGUAAAUGUAAAGAAGGCUACCGGGGUGAUGGACUGAGUUGUGUGUAUAUUCCGAAAGUCAUGAUUGAACCUUCAGGUCCAAUUCAUGUACCAAAGGGAAAUGGUACCAUUUUAAAGGGUGAUGGAGGAUACAGUAAUUGGAUUCCUGAUGUCGGAAGUACUAGGUGGCCUCUGAAAACACCAUAUAUUCCUCCUGUCAUUACCAACAGGCCCACUUCUAAGCCCACAACAAGACCUACACCAAAGCCAACAACAUGGCCUACUCCACCUCCACCCCCACCCCCACCCACAGAACUCAGAACACCUCCACCACCACCAACGCCAGAAAGACCAACCACCAGACUGACGACUAUGGCACCAGCUGCUACCACAUCUCCCAGAGAGAUUACAGUUGACAACAGGAUACAGACAGAUCCUCAGAAACCUAGAGGCGAUGUGUUCAUUCCACGGCAGCCUUCAAAUGACUUGUUUGAAAUAUUCGAAAUUGAAAGAGGAGUCAGUGCAGACGAUGAAGCAAAGGAUGAUCCAGGUGUCCUGAUACACAGCUGUAAUUUUGACCAUGGGCUUUGUGGAUGGAUUAGGGAAAAAGACAAUGACUUGCACUGGGAACCAGUGAGGGAUCCAGCAGGUGGACAAUAUCUGACAGUUUCGGCAGCCAAGGGCCCAGGGGGAAAAGCUGCUCGCUUGGUGCUACCUCUUGGCCACCUCAUGCAUUCAGGGAACCUGUGCCUGUCGUUUAGGCACAAGGUGACUGGGCUGCACUCCAGCACGCUCCAGGUGUUUCUGAGAAAACAUGGUGCCCAUGGAGCAGCCCUGUGGGGAAGAAACGGUGGCCAUGGCUGGAGGCAGACACAGAUCACCCUGCGAGGGGCUGACAUCAAGAGUGUCAUCUUCAAAGGUGAAAAAAAGCGUGGUCACACUGGGGAGAUUGGAUUGGAUGAUGUGAGCUUGAAAAAAGGCCACUGCUCUGAAGAACAUGAGCAACUCCACAACUAGCAGUGAACUCCCAUGUUGCUCCCUCUUCUUUUUCUAAUCUUCACCUCCUGUCUUCUCCCUUUAUCAGGCCUAGGAGAAGAGCUGGUCAAUGGGUCAGGAGAAAGUCUGCUUGUCGACCCACAUCUUGCUGGCCUGCUUUUGUGCAAUCCCAAUGAACAGUGACACUCUCCUUGAAAUAGAAGGGGCAUCUGUAGACACAUACAAGCCAUCUUUGGGUAUUACCUUUAAUCCUGUGUCUCUUUUAGGAAGGCCUUUGACUUAUGUGACCUAUGCCAUCCUUCAUCCUGGUUACAAGGUGUUCCUUGUAGCAAAUUAUAGGAGACUUUUUCAAAAGAAAUCCAUGCAAAUGGCCAUUCUGUUUUCUGUUCAGUAUUGUACCAUGAGUAGUAUUGACUUCCCCUAAGAUGUGUUGUACAAUGUUCUUGUGAAAUUGGUUUCUCCUCUUCACUAUUAGUUCUGGACUGAUCCCAACUCUUUUACUGCCAUUCACUUUAUAAAAGGGUGUAUAACAUAUCAAAAUGCAUUUAUUCUUUUCUGUAUUUUUCUUUUAAAGACAGUUACGUAGAGUGAGCACGUAAUUCCUCGUUAGUAGUAUUGUAUUUGUGUAAAUGUGCUAUUGAUAUUAAGUAGUUAUGUGUUCCUAAUAUUUACAGACUCUAGUUGCAAGAGAAAAGGCAGCUUGUGAUCUCUCAAAUUAAAAAUACAUAGUGAAAUGUUAUUCAGUUUCAUGACGUUAUAUUGGUAGUAAGAGAAAUUUGAAAAGAUGUCAGGUUGCAGUGGAGGAAUGAAGUUUUUAAUGACCUUGAGUUUGAUCCCUGUAAAGGAUAGUAAACCAUUCGGGUAGAGAAGAAACUGCAGUCAACAUAUAAAACCCUCACUGUUUCUGGUUACACGUUAAAACCAUCAGCUCUCACCAUAACAUGGUCUCCGUAGUAAUCUGUAAGAAGCUUUGUAAAAGGUCUGGUUGUUUCAGAGGAAAGAUUUUGUUUAUGAAAGCAGGAUGAGAACCAUGGGGAAUCCAUUGGAAUAGAUUUUCUUGCUGAUUUUUAAAUCAGUAUAAAUUUAGACAGGUCUAGCUCAUAACUCAUGUGCUGUCAUGUCAGGAUGGGAUUGGAAGCAAGUCCCAUGUUUUGAGGCAUUGAAAGUGUUAGAAUAGGAUUCACAUGCUAGAGCUAUA